GCGAGUAUCAUUCCCGUUCAGGGGUCAGUCCAGAAAUGGAAAGUCAGUGCAGAAAAGCAAAUAAUGCCAAACAUUUUUGCGACGCGUCACUGCACACCAAAACAAGACAAGCCAUAUUCUAAGUCUCACUACUCAAUUGCAAUGGCCGAGGUUAGAAAACAGGAGAAAGACUUCACAAAGGAAGUUGACGAGCUCCUACCAGAGACUUCCGCUCUCGUCAAGUCUGAGUCUGUUCAGCUGUCAGAUGCCUUGGAGAGAUUGCUUGCGCUAGAGAAGCAAACACGAAAUGCACGUCUUGCUAAUGACCUGCCUUCCACGACGCGUCUAGCUAAAGCGGCACUUGAACUCUGUUACGAAUCCCGAGACUACACACAACUCAACAGCACCAUCAGCUUACUGAGCAAGAAGCACGGCCAACUCAAAGUCGUUGUUCAAGCCAUCGUCGAACAGGCAAUAUCGUGGCUGCCUGGGAUUCGACAAGAGCAAGGUGUUGAGAAGUGGUUAGAGUUGGUUGAAACUCUGCGGUCUGUGACAGAGGGAAAGGCUAGUCCAUCACGUCAUGGACUAUCAACACAUUCUUAUGGCAUUUUUCUUGAGACGCCUCGUGCGCGUGUGACUCUCGCUCUCUCUCAUUACCAUGAAACUCUUUCCAAGGCUCCAAGCGCUUUGGCAGCUACAAUCAAAGAAGCACUACAGACAGCUUCUGAUCUCCUUAGCGACCUGCAAGUGGAAACUUACUCUUCGAUGGAGCGGAGAGAAAAGACGGAGUUUAUUCUAGAGCAGAUGAGGCUAUUGAUUGCUGUCGCUCGAUUGAAAGACGCGGAAGUUCCCGCGAAACAGGGGAAGAAUGCACUUGGAAGUGGUGAGCCGGAAUGGGUCAAGGCCAAAGUUGGUGGCCGCAAAGUCAACGAGUCGUUCCUCAAGGAAAAAGAGAAUGAGGAUCUCAAACUCAAAUAUUAUGAUCUAAUGAUCCAACAAGCUCUCCAUCAAAGUGCGUAUCUGGAAGUGGCGAAGCACUAUGAGAAGGUUUGGGAUACGCCGUCGAUAAAGGAGGACGAGAGUAAAAGUCGUGCUGCCCUCGAACACAUCGUUUAUUACGUGGUGCUUGCGCCUCAUGACAACGAACAGUCAGACAUGCUGCACCAUCUAUUUGCUAACCCCGCACUCGAGAAGCUUGAGCUCCAUUAUAACCUUGUCAAGUCAUUUGUGACCCGUGAAUUGAUGAGGUGGCCUGGAAUUGAAUCCUUGUAUGGACCUUUCUUGCGAACAACGCCGGUGUUCUCUGUUUCCAAGCAAUGGGAGGACCUCCAUACCCGCGUCGUCGAACAUAACGUACGCGUGGUCGCACAGUAUUACACUCGAAUCACCCUCUCCCGUCUCACGAUUCUUCUCGACCUUACACCACAGCAAACGGAAGAAACCCUUGCUCGGCUAGUUGUUUCACAUACCAUCUGGGCACGUGUAGACCGACCAGCAGGUAUCGUCAACUUCAGGAGUAAGCGCAGUGCAGAGGACGUGAUGAAUGAUUGGAGUUCAGACAUGCAAAAGCUACUUGGACUUGUAGAGAAGACUUGGAUAGGGAUGAACGCGGCACAGGCUGCUCAAUCUCGCAUCAAGGCAUAG